AUGCGAAGGCCCCGUUGUUCUUCCUGUCGCGGCGUCCGACCUCGUUCUCACGUCGUCGGAAAAGUGAGCUCCUGGAUUGACCUGGAUUCAGAGGAUGAGCAGCUUCGUCUGGACUCGGAGAUCACGUUGAAGCAGGAAAUCGCAUGGGCUUCUCACCUCUCCUUGCAGGCCUGCCUUCUUCCUCCCCCCAAGAGAUAUUCUUGCGGUAAUUAUGCAAGAUGUGUAAAUCAAAUCUUGCAAGGUAUGAGCAAUAUGCAGUUGUGGCUCAGAAUACCCCUGGAGAAGUCUGAACUGAUGGAGGAUGAUUCAACGAAUGCAGCUUCUAAACAUCCUAGUGAAGGAACUUUUGACUCGUGGGAGUUGUGGAAUUCCUUUCGGCUGUUAUGCGAGCAUCAUACUCAGCUGUCCAUAGCUCUUGACAUUUUGAGUUCGCUACCAUCGAUAAACUCACUUGGCCGAUGGUUUGGUGAACCAGUCAGAUGUGCGAUCCUCCAAACAAGUUCCUUUCUAACAAAUGCUAGAGGGUACCCUUGUCUAUCGAAGCGCCAUCAGAAAUUAGUGAUGGGUUUCUUUAAUCAUUCUAUCCAGAUAGUAUUAUCUGGAACUUCACUUCAUAAUGUUUCUCAAGAAAUAUCUGAAGACUUGCUCGUAGGUGACAACAAUAACCAUCUUGAAGGUAUGCCUGUUCAUCAUGCGUUGAGGCCUUAUCUUGAUUAUGUUGCAUACCUAUACCAAAAGAUGGACCCACUUCCUGAACAAGAACGCUUUGAGAUUGGUUAUAGGGACUUUUUACAGUCUCCUUUGCAGCCUCUCAUGGAUAAUCUUGAGGCACAAACUUAUGAGACAUUCGAGAAAGACACAGUGAAAUAUAGCCAGGAACUCAUCUUACUAUCUGUAUCUGGACAGUACCAAAGAGCAAUUUCUAAAGCUUUGGUUGACAGAGUGCCUGAUGAAGCAGCCUCUACAACAAAGACGGUGCUAAUGGUUGUUGGAGCGGGACGAGGACCAUUAGUAAGAGCAUCAUUGCAGGCUGCUGAAGAAACAGGUCGGAAGUUAAAAGUUUAUGCUGUGGAGAAAAAUCCAAAUGCUGUUAUAACCCUUCAUAGCUUGGUCAAAUUGGAGGGGUGGGAAAGUGUGGUCACCAUUGUUUCUAGUGACAUGCGUUCUUGGGAUGCCCCUGAAAAGGCUGAUAUAUUGGUGAGCGAGUUACUGGGCUCCUUUGGCGACAAUGAACUGUCUCCUGAGUGUCUAGAUGGGGCACAAAGAUUUCUGAAACCAGAUGGCAUUUCGAUUCCAUCAUCAUAUACAAGUUUUAUUCAGCCAAUAACAGCAUCAAAGCUAUACAAUGAUGUUAAAUCGCAUAAAGACCUUGCAAAUUUUGAAACUGCUUAUGUUGUCAAGUUGCAUCGAGUAGCAAGACUCGCUUCCUCUCAACCAGUAUUUACUUUUAAUCAUCCAAAUUAUUCAUCGAAGAAUAACAACCAAAGGUAUAAGAAACUGCAGUUUGUGAUACCAGCGGAUACAGGAUCAGCUCUGGUACAUGGAUUUGCUGGAUACUUUGAUGCUACCUUAUAUAAAGACGUACAUCUCGGUAUCGAACCAUCUAUGGCUACACCGAAUAUGUUCAGUUGGUUUCCAAUCUUUUUUCCACUGAGGAAGCCUAUAUGUGUUCCUCCAGAAUCACCUAUAGAAGUUCAUUUCUGGCGGUGCUGUGGUGCUACAAAGGUCUGGUAUGAGUGGUGUGUAACGUCCCCAUCUCCCUCGGCCAUCCACAACAGCAGCGGCCGGUCUUACUGGGUCGGCCUAUGAGCCCAGUCUUCGUAUUUGAAAUGUCUACUUUGCUUGCAGGACUGCUGAAUUAGAUACCACUCUUAAUUAUUUCGAAGGGGAAAAGGGGAAAAAAUGCUUCAGAGGACUGUAACUGGAUCAGUUUCUUGAGUACCAGUUGUAUUUGGAACACAAAUUUUGUAAUAUUAUUAUCAUUUUUUCUUUGAGACAUGGUCACCCAGCUGAUCCAA